AUGUCUUCCACAACAUCCACUGUCCCUAUUGUUGACGACAACAAUUGGAAGGACAAUUUGAUCUUACCAAAGAAGGACGAGAGGAAGCAGACUGAAGAUGUGACAGCAACAGAGGGAAAUGAGUUUGACGAUCUGCAUUUGAAGAGAGACCUGCUGAGAGGCAUCUACGAGAAGGGUUAUGUAAGACCCUCACCCAUACAGGAGAAGGCGAUCCCAAUCGCACUCGCAGGCAAGGACAUCAUGGCAAGAGCCAAGAACGGUACCGGUAAGACUGCCUCCUUCCUCAUCCCAGCACUCGAGAAAACAGAUCCAACAAAGAACUAUAUCCAAGUCUUGAUCUUGGUCCCAACAAGAGAGCUCGCAUUGCAGACAUCACAGGUGUGCAAAGAACUAGGUAAAUAUAUGAAUGUCAAGGUGAUGGCCACGACUGGAGGCACUAGCUUGAAGGAUGACAUUAUGAGACUCUACGAAACUGUACAUAUAUUGGUGGCCACUCCUGGAAGAGUUCUUGAUUUGGCCCAAAAGAACGUUGCCAACCUUUCAAACUGCCAGACAAUCAUCAUGGAUGAGGCCGACAAACUGUUAUCACCAGAGUUCCAACCUUUGAUCGAACAAUUGAUUCAAUUCCUACCAUCUAGCCGACAGAUAUUGUUGUUCUCCGCGACAUUCCCCGUCACGGUCAAGGCCUUCAAGGACGCCUACCUCUCAAAGUCGUACGAGAUCAACCUGAUGGACGAGCUCACACUCAAGGGAGUCACGCAAUACUACGCAUUCGUCGAGGAGCGCCAGAAGAUUCACUGCCUCAACACGCUCUUCUCCAAACUGCAGAUCAACCAGUCGAUCAUCUUUUGUAAUUCCGUCAACCGCGUGGAGCUGCUGGCCAAGAAGAUCACCGACCUCGGCUACUCGUGCUUCUACAUCCACGCCAAGAUGCUGCAGGCGCACCGCAACCGCGUGUUCCACGACUUUAGGAACGGCCACUGCCGCAACCUCGUCUCGUCCGACCUCUUCACCAGAGGCAUUGAUAUCCAGGACGUCAACGUCGUCAUCAACUUUGAUUUCCCCAAGCACUCUGAGACCUACCUCCAUCGCAUUGGUCGUUCGGGUCGUUUCGGCCAUCUCGGUCUCGCCAUCAACCUCAUCACCUACGAAGACCGUUUCUCGUUGCACAAGAUCGAGCAGGAGUUGGGCACUGAGAUCAAGCCAAUCCCACCCGUCAUUGACAAGUCACUCUAUGCUGUGUAA